GGCGAUUGAAGUCAGUCGAGUGAGCAUCUCCGACACGACAACAACUGCAGCGCACUAUUUGUCACCAACUGCCUUCAUCGUAUAACCAAUUCGCAAGCAUGGUUAACUACUGCGUCGUACUGCUGUUGGGCGUCUUAUCGUUGAUGGCUGGGUCGACCAUGGGUGUACCGAUGUCUCCUGGGUACGGCGGAUACCAAACAACAACGACGAAGGAAUACUACACCACGCCACCGCCUUACUACACAACACCUACUUACUACACCGACCCCCCCAAGUACUACACGACUACGUAUGCUGCCCCAGCUUACUACACGGAGGCUCCCGUUUACUACACCACCAAGGCUCCCGAGUAUUACACUACAGCUUCUUACUACACCACGACGUAUGCUGCCCCAAGUUACUACACUGAAGCUCCAGUUUACUACACAACAACAUACGCCACUCCCGCCUACUACACCGAGGCUCCAAAGUAUUACUUUGCCCCGAGCUACUACCAGACUGAGGCUCCGGUUUACUACACCACAAAGGCCCCCGAUUACUACACUACAACUUAUGCCGCUCCUACUUACUACACUACCAAGGCUGCCGAGUACUACACCACCAAGGCCCCUGAGUACUAUACUACAACUUACGCUGCUCCGACCUACUACACCACUAAGGCUCCCGAGUACUACACCACUAAGGCUCUCGAGUACUACACCACAAAGGCCCCUGAGUACUACACCACAACCUACGCUGCCCCGACUUACUACACUGAAGCUCCAAAGUAUUACUCGGCUCCGAGCUACCAAACUGAGGCGCCGAAAUACUACACUACAACAUAUGCGGCUCCAACCUACUACACUGAAGCCCCAAAGAAGUAUUAUUAACCGUAGCAGCCUUGUUUUAAUUCACGCUGUGAUGCAGUUUUCAAUUUUAUUCGCAUGUUCAUAUUCGUUACAAAAUUUCUCCGAUUUAUCUGCCUUGUC